AUGGUAGUUUUCUACACGGUGUACUAUGUGGUCCUCUCCGUGUGCUUCGCAGUAUUCAAGAUUAAAAUGUUGGAUGGUUUGGCACCGUUUGAUUUUAAGACAAAUCCCUCAUGGAUUAACCCAUAUUAUUUAGUUCUUGUGAUCUCACUGGAAAUAACUUUCUUUGUCUGCGGUCUGCUGUUUGCCCUGGUCGUGGAAGAAUGGGUUUGGGAUUACGCUGUAACGGUCACUGUCAUUCACAUCCUCAUCACUUCAGUCGUUAUGUCUGAAUUCCCCCUGAUGUUGCACUGGUGGCUGGCAUUAGGAUCUGGAGUCAUCUCAAUGAUUUGUGGAGGACAGAUUUUGGCAUACUGCUUGUUCAAAGACAACUUCAUUUACCCCAUUCUCGACGAUUUUUGA